GCGAACCUUAUGUACGAGUCGUCGUCGUCGCCCGUCGGUGGCGUCACUUCGACGAUAUGCCUGCGCGCGGCCGGGUUCGGUCGGUCUAGUCGGCUGCACUCGGCACUCGCGCACGGCUGCAAGGAGCGAUCGCGAUUUAUUAUAUCUAUCUAAUACACUGCCCCUCUGCUGCUGCUGCUGCUGCAGUAGUAGCGGGCGAAAGGCUUUGCUCUAUAGCGCGCAGAUUAGCGCGACUCUCGCAGCUCUCGGCGCACGUAUAUUUGCAUGUACAUAUAGAUAUACGCGACAAUAUGCUCCUUUGUAUAUAGCUAUAUAAUAAGUUCUACUACUUAUGUGGGGAGUGCAGUGCUGCAGUUCGCGGCCUGCUCAGCAGUUGCACUGCAGUCUGCAGCGAGGCGCCGAUACUGUAGGUGUGCCCGCGUUGUCUCGUAACUCUUAUUAUAUGCAUUACGACACGACCGAAGUCCGGCGCAAAAUGUUAUCCCGCGAACCGCAGACUGCAGCUGCGCGAUCCGCCCGAAUUCCUCGAAUGCUGCCCUGCACGAAAGUUCGCAGACUCGAGUAAGUUUUAUAUACGCGUGUAAUAUUGGGCUCGGAUGUGGAGCACAAAGGGUUGAGAGUCGCGCGCACGCAAAUCUUGGGCAAAGAGAGCUGUUACAACGCCGUAUACGCGAUAGUUGCAAGCUGAUGCGGGGGAGGGGGAGCCAAGCUUCGAGACGAGCGUCGUCUACGGGAGGGAACUUUUUGUACGCCACACCCGCGCGAGUACGAAGCUCGAACUGCCGUGUCUGAGCCUUGUCGCAAGUCGCAACUAGCGAUUUCAGAAAGCAUCCUUAUUUACAAAAGUUCUCUGAAUAGUAAUUGUUACUCUUUGCCGUGACACCGAAUAUUUCAAAUUAAUCAACGAAUGUAUUGAAGUAUAACUUACCUAAACAAAAUCUUCACUUUCAAAAUGAUUCGAACGUGUGAGCAGAGAUGAAUUUUAAACGAUUAUUAUAGAACGUCGAUACAAUGCAAUUUUUCAAUAAAAAAGAAGACGAGAAAAACUGCGAGCUAAAAUAAUUAAUUUAGAACCUUUCGACUCUCGUCAUCUUGUUACGAACACAAUAUUAUGACUUAUAAAAUCAUCGUUAAAAUUCGAAUAUAGAAUCUUUGAAAAUUUUUCAUGGUUUAAUUAACUUCAAAUUUGACCGCCGGGCGCCGCGUCUCUCCGAUUACCGUCAUGCGUCAUGCGUACUGUCACAUGCGUACAACACACCGACGCGUCAAUCAUCAAUUCAUAGUCUUCUUUCUACAUGUGCGCAUCGAAUACACAGCAGUAGAAGCUAAUCUUUAACCUCGAAAAAGAACUUAAACUUGUGCGGUCAAACACACGUUGUGUCGUAAAAAAGUGUUUUUUUUUGUGUUGUAAAAUAAAUAAAUAAUUCACAAUGUUGCGAAGGCAAGCGCGUUUACGCAGAGAGUAUCUCUACAGAAAAUCCAAGCAGGAUCAAUUGAAAACGAUCCAAAAGAAUAAGGAUCAAGUGAAGAAAAGUCUUGAUGAAAAUCGUGUUGUUCCCACGACUUUAAAGGACAAAGCUUUGUAUCUCAUGAGAAAAUCAGAAUACGAAGAUGCAGGUCCUCAAUUAUCAGUGGCUCAUGGUACAGAAAUGGGUGGUGCAGCUGGCACCAACGAAGAUGAUGAAUAUCGCUGGGCUGGUGUCGAAGAUCCCAAAAUUGUCAUCACAACAUCCAGAGAUCCCAGUUCUCGUUUGAAAAUGUUUGCCAAAGAGUUGAGAUUGAUUUUCCCCAACUCACAGAGAAUGAAUCGUGGUAAUUAUGAAAUGAAGCAGCUGAUCGACGCUUGCAGAGCCAACGCUGUCACAGAUUUUAUAGUAGUUCACGAACACAGAGGCGUACCAAACUCAUUGGUUAUUUGUCACUUACCUUAUGGACCAACUGCCUACUUCACCAUGGCUGAUGUCGUCAUGCGACACGAUAUCCCUGAAAUUGGAACAAUGUCAGAACAAUAUCCACAUUUGAUUUUCCAUAACUUCAAGACCAAGCUUGGUUUAAGAACAAUGGACAUUUUGAAGUAUCUGUUUCCAGUUCCAAAAGAAGACUCCAAGCGAGUAAUUACUUUUGCCAAUCACGACGAUUGGAUCGUGUUCAGAAAUCAUACUUACAAAAAAAACAAGAAAGAUGUCGAAUUGGAAGAAGUAGGGCCAAGAUUCCAAUUGAAACUCUUUAAAAUCAUAUUGGGAACUUUGGAAUCGACCAAUGCUGCAGACUCAGAGUAUGAAUUGAGACCUUACAUGAACACCAGCCACAAAAGAAGAUUCUUAUCAGAGGAGGAUGGAUGGAAACAAGAAGACGAAGAAAUGGAAUAACUAUUUCCAUUUAAAUGUAUAUAGA